AUGUCCAGACCUGGUUCCGCAUUUGCUCAUGCCCCGCCUGGACCCCUGGUGACGCCGGCUGCUUCUGAUCCCCAGCACUGCGCCAACGGGGACGCCCAGCGCCGCCCCGACCACGGCCUGCCUGGCCAUCCCCAGCGCGAGCUGGAGCACGAGCGUCACCAGCGGACCCCGUCGGACUCCGGCGAUGCCUCCCGCGCCCUUGUCGACCGCAUCCCGUCUCUCUGGUCCUCCCAAUCCGCCUCCAAUGCCUCCCUCAGGAGAGCCAGCACCGCCCCUCUCGACCAGCUCCGGCAUUCCCACGUCGCUUCGUCGCCUUUCCGCUCCCAGAGCCCCCAGCUGUCCGAGAGGGACAGUAUCUUCGCUACCCACUAUCUCCCGUCCGACUCUAACGAUGCCCCCUCCCCUACACCGCCGCGCUCUCCUGUGCGAGAUGCAGACCAGCCCCGCUGCAUUGGCAUGAUAUCGAGCCCCAGAGAUGCUCCUGUCUCGUCCACCGCCGCUGCUGUCUCGAGUCCGAAUCCAUCCCGACCCCCCGUCGACACCACGGCAUCGCCCUCGCCCUCCCUUGCUUCCGCCGCGGACGACUCCGCUCUCCAGCACGACCCCUACCACCGCCAGCACCCGUCUGCCGCUGGCCGGUCCCACGUCGGCUGGGUGCGACAGCAGGAGACGGUCGAGAGCUCCAAGGUCGCCGGGACGCACCGAAUCGCCAUCCGGGAGACCUUCCAUCCACUUCGCAAGAUCGUGUCCGAAGGCGCUGGCAACGACGCUCCCGUGUCGAAAGAUCCGGACCGCAAUCUCCUGCCCUCCGCUUUGGCUGACGCGCCCCGUUUGGACCAUAUCCCCAUGGUCCGUCCGUCCUACCCCGACCACCACGAGAGAGCAAUUGCCGAACCCUGGGCGGCGGUACGGCACCACAGACAUGGUGAUGGCACGGUGGAUGUGACCUGGGGUACCAAGUUGGACCACGGUUCGAGCCGGGGUCGGAGCACCCGCGUGGAAGAGUCGAUCGAGGCCAAUCUGACCAAUGCGGAGCCAGCGGCUCAUGUGCGGAGUCGCAAGUCCAGUCACUAUCUCGGGUUGUUCAAGGAGAACACCACGUCCCCCGACCGCAAGAGACGGGAGGACCGUGGGAGGGGGCUGGAGUGUGAGGAGAACGCCGUGGAGCCGGAGGAUGAUGAGCGGCAGUAUGAGGAGGAGUCCGAGUCUCAACACACGCCGCGACCGUCCCAUGCUACGCUUCAUCUUCCGGCCGGAGAGGAGAGCGCGAAGCGCCAUCCUCCGUCCUCCGAACUCUCGAAACCGCUUUUGGAGGACACCCAAUCGCCAUCAUCCUUGGCCCAAGAGACUUCCGAGUUGGACAGCACCAGAGAUGCGGACACCCCGCGCCGUCCUUCUCGAUCGCUCCCUCGUUCCUUACUGGAGGAGAUUCGCAAUUUUCAUCUGACUUCCGGUGGCGCUCGUGGUGGUUCUUUUUCUCAGAGCAUCCCCACACAGUAUGCGGACCGUGCUCGAAACAACUUCGACAAGGAGAGCAGAGACUAUCGUAGCCAGUCUCCAGAUGCGGAUGUGGAGCGUCAGCAAGUGUCGGUCCCAGAGGAGGACGAGGACGAACAUAUUUCGUCGGCCUUGUACUUCCCGCACGAGCCGACCGCGACUGAGGACCCGUACCACCACGAGAACAAGACGCGAUUGGGCGGUUCUGAACCAGAAAUUGGCGGCCAUGUGGACAUCUCUCUCCGAUCCCGGCAUGACAGGAGCAUCUUGCAUGGCGACUUCCAAUCGACGAGCGAUGCGGAAGACAAGUCUCUGGCGACCAUCUCGGAAUACAGCCACGAAUCCACGUCCGAGUCCGAAACCGUGUCGGCCGACGAAAGCGCCGUAUCCACUCGGGAAGAGGAAUCCAGCCUGACGGACGACGCGGAGCUGACCCCAACGGCGACACCGACCCAGGGACAACGGUAUGCCCGUCCGCGACGCAAACAUGCCCAGACGCGUCCGAUCGGAGCGGUGGAAUUGAAGCCGUAUCGCCAUCAGGUUGGUGGACAUACAACGGUGUUUCGGUUUUCGCGUCGUGCGGUUUGCAAACAGCUCAACAAUCGUGAGAACGAAUUCUAUGAACGGAUCGAAAAGAGGCAUCCUGAAAUGCUCAUGUUCCUGCCGAGGUAUAUUGGUGUGUUGAACGUAACCUUUUCAAAGAAGCCAAAGCAGUCUAAGGCCAAACGCGAUGAUAGCGCACAGCAUGGGGGACCCGAGGCUGUCGACGAGCAUAAGCGGUCUGAUGAGGCUGCGACUCAAGAUCGAACGACGUCUCAGACCUCAAAGAAUCCGCAACAACCUAGAAUAUUCAGUCAGCAGCAGGUGACUGGGGUGAUUCCGAAAGUGAUCCUGGAGAAUAACAGACACAUCAUUCCUUCUGACCUUUUUCUGCCUCAACGACCGAGGACCGCGGACGAGGCAGGAUCGUCUCGAAAGGCCCUGUCUGAAGAGGGUCCUGGAUCUGACAGCCAGACCCCUAAGAGCAGUUCUGCCAACGAUGUGCCGGCCCCAACCUUGAAAAGGCACAAUAACAGCUGGGGAGCGACGACAGUUAAUCGCAAAUUACAGGAGCAGGUCCUUCGGGAGGUAUUCAGCCCGCCCACGAUUCACCACCACCACCACCACCACCACCACCGGCGACAUGCGCGCAAUCAUGCCAGUUUGCCCAGAUACCGCUCCGAUACCGCGCACCGCAGGACCAACCUCUCCGAGGAUCAGACCUCCAGUCGCCGCGCCAGCGGGGACAAGUCGCCCGCGAAAAGUCGUGCCAUUGACAUUGUCAAGAAUGCGCCCCAGGACCAAUCCGCCCUUUCAACAUCAGCCACUCUGGAGAGACACUCGAAUCCGUUGGAGAAGGUACGGACGGCCGACAGUCCGCCGCGCCCCAGUUCGGUGACCAGGGAUCGGCCGGUGAGGCGACGCCAUUCCGGAAGUGGUUUGCAGAGACGGCGGAGGAGCAUCACCAGCGGCGAUCGUGGCGAUCUCAUGUUCUUUGAAGAUGAUGGAUAUGGUGGAGACGGGGAAGAUGAGAUCUUUACUAUGGAAGGUGAUGCAUCCAUUCCGCCAUCUCCUUCGGUGAAGGCCAAUGGGUCUUCCAAGCACACCACCCCUGCUGAUCGGUCUCCUACCAAGACCACCACCUCUCCUCCUGAGCAGACGAGGCUUCCUCCCCCGAUGCCGGAGGUGGAACAUGUCCGCGUUCCGACGAAUCCAAAGGAGGCGCAACCGAAGCGCGAUGAACGAGUUCAAUACUUCAUCCUCCUGGAGGAUCUCACGGCGGGCAUGAAUAAGCCAUGUGUCCUCGAUCUGAAAAUGGGCACGCGUCAGUACGGCUUGGACGCCGACGAAAAGAAAAAGAAAUCGCAACGGCGCAAGUGUCAGACGACCACGUCGCAGCAGCUGGGUGUGCGACUCUGCGGCAUGCAAACAUGGAACGUGAAGAAGCAGGAAUAUCUCUUUGAAGACAAAUACUAUGGUCGUGAUCUGAAAGCCGGCCGGGAGUUCCAAGAUGCACUGACGCGAUUCCUCUACGAUGGGGUCAGCUACCGGAGCGUGAGCAAGAAGAUCCCCAUCAUUCUCGAGAAACUCGAGAUGCUCGAGAAUAUGAUUCGAAAGCUCAAGCGGUAUCGUUUCUAUGCCAGCAGCCUUCUCAUCCUGUAUGACGGGGAGCAGUCGCCCCCGAGCAAGCGGGGGGAGGACGGCAAGUCGAAACGGUCGCCUCUUGAGCGCCAAGCAUCAGAGGAGGGCCACAACAACACGGACGUGCAGUUGAAGAUCGUGGACUUUGCGAACUGCGUGACCGGAGAAGAUGAGCUGCCGCCCAACGUGCGUUGCCCGCCUCAACAUCCGGAUGAUGUCGAUCGAGGUUACUUGCGCGGUCUCCGCACGCUUCGCAUGUAUUUCCAGCGUAUUCUCAGGGAGGUCAGCAGCCAGGAAGACUAUGUCGAACGUGGCGAAGGCGAGGCGAUGGCUCUUGGUCACCGAGGCGGAGGCCAUGAGGGUUCUUCCGACGGGUUUUGGGUCGAAGGAGUGGUUGAGAGUGACCCGGGGGAAGUCAGUUUCUAG